CUUUGACCACCACAAUCGGUUCACUUUCCGCAUCCGACAAUGAAAGGUGCCAUGGCGGCGGCUACACCGACCCCCCACACGGCGUCUGUGACGAUGUGCAGUCAAGAGAUCAUGACGCAGACCCACUUGAUCUUGUUGAAUCAGCCGAUAUACGCUAGCUGCUAUGUCACUACCGUCGUGGACACCAACAUCAACUCGACGCGGCUCAAAGGCGACUGCACGAUUCCCGAUUGCUUUAGCCUGCUCAAUCAAAACCAAGUGGCGGCCGCGGCUUCUCCGAGUUUGAACUGCUAUAUGUACGACGUAGUGACCAAGUCCGCUUUUCCCAACGGCGACCUUGUCAAUUUGUGCUUUACGAAAACGACCACCCCCACAUCUCCUCUGAUCGUGAAGUCCACGGUGGUUGGUUCUAGCUCAGCCGUGGUCGGAGGUGCCGUCGGUGGGGCUGUAGCCCUCUUCCUUCUCAUAGCCCUUGGAUGCUGGUGCCGCCGCCGUCGCCGCAACCAACACGAGAAUGAUCGGGGAGCUGCUGCUGCCUUCGACGCCGUGAGCUCUCCAAUGGAAACUCGCCCCGUAGCCAAGCUAUCCUCCAACACUGCCAGUUUGCCCAAACACAAUAGCAGCAGUCAGAAUGCAACUACUCAUGCCUCGUCAGGGAGCUAUCCCAUGAAUGCCCUGAACAGCAGAAAAGACCUCGACGUGACCCAGACGAUGCUGGCCGACUUGCAGCUGCUGGAACUGCAUCGCAUUCCCGUCUCCAGUGUCCAUCUAGUUCACGUCGUGGCGGAAGGCGCGUUCGGCCAGGUGUGGCUCGGCAACUUUAUGGGCGACCGAGUGGCCGUCAAGAAAUUGCUGCCUCGAAAAGCCACCACGAGCAUCGCGGUAGCGCAAUUCGUCGCGGAAAUCAAACUCGUCGCCAAAAUCCAGUGCAGAUAUGUGGUGGCGUUCGUAGGUGCAGCGUGGGUCAAGCCAGUGGAUAUGCUGCUCGUGACCGAGUUCAUGGACCGGGGCGACCUCCGCAGCGUAUUGCAGGCCAACCACGCUGCCACGUCAUCUCCACUGUUUGCAUGGGAGGACAAGGUCGAGUGUGCUUUGAGCAUCGCCGAAGGACUGGUGUACCUGCACUCGAUGGACCCCAUCGUGAUCCACCGCGAUCUCAAGUCCCGCAAUGUGCUGCUGGAUUCUGUCCGUGGGUCCAAGAUCACCGAUUUUGGCAUUGCUCGGGAAACAUAUGAUCAAACUCUGACCCUCAACGCCGGCACGUACCGGUGGAUGGCGCCCGAGGUGGUUCUCGAUGGCCACUACACGGAGAAAGCCGACCUCUUCAGCUUUGGCGUGAUCUUGAGCGAACUGAGCACGGAGCUGCUGCCGUACGCCAACGUCCGCAACGACCGCGGCCACCCGCUCACGGACCUCGGACUCAUGGACGGCGUCGCCAAAGGUCGCAUCCUUCCGACGUUUUCUGCCACUUGCCCGGCGUGGUUUCGACAGCUGGGACUGGACUGCCUCGCGCUGGACCCCCACCGACGGCCGUCAGCUACGAACGUGUCGUUCAUGCUUCGAUCGCAUCUUCACACUUGUUCAUCCACAUACCCAGACGACGAGGACAGACUGAGUACCGGGUACCUCGUCUAGUUGGUCGUCGCUUGUACGUUCACUGUACCUAGUUUUAAUAAUGAUUACAUAAUUCUAUUGGGUUUGAGUCAAGGG